AUGCCUACAUUGAUAAUACUACGCCAUGGACAAAGUGAAUUCAACAACCUAAAUAAAUUUUGUGGUUGGCUUGAUGCAAAAUUAACAGAUAAAGGUAAAGAACAAGCAAAAUUUGCAUCAAAUUUAAUUAAAUCUUCCAAUUUAAAACCAAAUUAUAUCUUUACUUCUAAAUUAACAAGAACUAUUCAAACUGGUAACUUGAUACUUGAAGAUUUAGAUAGACAAUGGAUUGAUGUUACAAGAUCUUGGAGAUUAAAUGAACGUCAUUAUGGUGCUUUACAAGGUUGUGACAAGAGUGAAAUUAGAUCCCAGGUUGGUGAUGAACAAUAUAUGUUUUGGAGAAGAGCUUAUGAUGGAAUCCCACCACUUAUAGAAAAAGAUCAAGAAGCAAGUGCGAUUGAUGAAAGAUAUAAAUAUGAGAUUGAUGAAGUACCAAAAGGUGAAUCAUUACAUAUGGUUGUUGAUAGAUUAAAAUCAUUAUUAUAUGGUGAUAUUUUAAAAAAAUUGAUCGAGAGAGAUGUUGUACUUGUGGUGGCUCAUGGUAGUGCAUGUAGAUCAAUAUUAAAAUUAAUUAAAAAGAUAAGUGAUGAAGAUAUUAAAGAUAUUAAUAUCCCUAAUGCUAUUCCAUUAGUUAUGAAUGUUGAUGAUGAUUUAAAUUUAAUUGGGGAUGAAUAUUAUCUUGAUCCUGAGAUUGCAAAAGAAAGAGCUGCUGCUGUUGCUAAAGAAGGUUGGUAA